UUAGAUUAUAGAGAACCCGACAACUACACAGUGGGAACACAUUCAACAUCGUCAGUCAUGUGCGCAAGUGCAACACGGUCCUAUGAUUAUGAUUAUAUUUAAUGAACACUCCUAUGCUGGUUUGGUGUAUUAAUUUGAGAUCUGGCAUCAAUAGGAGAAGAGGUUCUAAUUUGGGAAGGUGCUAAGAAUAUGGAGAAAACAUCUUGGGCGUGCACCGUUAUCACCCAGGUGUGUCUCUGCUUUGCUCUAUACAUAGCUCUCAACUUGGGUCAACCUCAGACUUCUGAUCUUUACUUCAUCAGUGUCAAAGGAGGUUUCAGACCCUUUACCCAACAAUUGCAUCUUCUCAAGCAGAUGGAUAAGGUGGCAAAAGCUUACAACGCAAGUUUUGUUGUGAGCAGCAGUGAGCUGGGGGAAUAUGAUUCACUCAUGCAGAAUGCUACUCAACAUUUUCCGUCUCUGAGACUACCCUGGUACACCACAUACACUACUACUACAUCUUCAAAAACAAAAGGACAAGAAGUGGGGUGCUUUUCAAAGAAGAUCACGACAUCUAACAGGAUAACCUCAGGUGUCAUCGGUGUGGAUACUGAAUUAUUGAAAGAUUAUGUCUUGAGAGGAUCAUUAAGUGGCAACAAAAUCAAUCAAUUGCAUUGGCUAAUCAAAACACUGGCAGCAAACAGUAGCAACUGGCGCAUUAUUGUUGGAUACCAUAGUAGAGAACCCUAUUCAAUUUUUCUAAAUGGAAAUUCUGUCUUUAAAAGAGAACUGGCUAAUGGAUUCCUUCUUCACCAUGUCAGCUCAGAUCAAAUUGUAACCAACUAUAUAAAUUUUGCUGGUGAAGUUGUUUGCACAGCUGUGCUACAACAGAAGGGUAGAGAGAUCAUGUAAAUAUUUCGAGUUAAAGAUUCACAGUAUUACAUGGUGGUAUCCGUUGGAUUAAUUUGUUGUAAAUUCCAUGAGUAAACAGUGCUCAUACAUUUUGUUAUGAAUUACUUGAGUAAACAGUGCUCUUAAGAGAUUUUUUAAUUCUUCACACACGAUGGAUUUCAACAUUGCUAAUAAUUAUUUUGAAUAUUGAUUAUUAA